GUCGUGCGUGUGUAUACGAGCUUUUUUUUGGGUUGUGUGUGAUACAGAGAUCGAUGGACUGACGGCGAUCGGCAGGGAGCUCGCAACAUAUUGAGACAUUGUGUGACGUGACAUGAGAUGAUUGUUUGGCGACAAACGCCAGAAGAAUCGUGCGAUCGUGCCAUUCGCAAGACCGUCAAAAAGAUCCAUCCAUUUGCGCAGCUUCGCGUGUAAACUCUCACUCUCUCUUUCUCUCUUCAUAUCCCAUAUAUAUAUAAACACACUCUUCUCGAAUUCUCUUUUCCACCCCUUUCUCAUCCCCUCCUCUACCACCCUUCUUCCUUUCUGUACUCUAUACUAUUCGUUUAUCUCUCGAAACAGGAGAAGUACACAUCGCCCUAUCGAGGCUUCGUCUAUCGCCGAGCCGAGAGAUAUACAAGGGAAAACCAGUCUGUGAUACUAAGCAGUACUAAACAAUAUAUAUAACAUAUAUAUAUAUAUAGCUGUAGAGGUGUAAACUCUUUGUACGAAUGUAAGGUGCGCGCGCUCCCGUGAGUGUAUUUCCCAAUCGUCGUGUAUAUCUGUGUGAGUUAGCUAGCGAUCGCGCGCGUCGUGUGUGACUUUGUGUAGGUGCGCUUGUGUGUGUGUGUGUGUGUGUGUGUAUGUAUGUGUAUAUCGCUCGUGUACUAGGAGAGACGUAGAUAAAGAUCGUGUAAAGGAUCUCUUGGAAAGGAAUUUAGCCAAUUCAAAUCGAAGAGACGGAACGCCGGUAUUCGCGCAGGACACGCAUCUUCCGCCAGCAGAUCGAGGUCGACGUAAUUAGCGGCGCGAUGUCUGUCGAGUCCGUGACAAGUGACAAGCAACCGCCGCCACCGACGACGACGACGACGACAACGACGACGGCGACGGCGGCAACAACGGCAAUGACGACAACGACGACGACCGCGACGACCAAGAAGGAAGAAGGGGAUGAAGCCAUUAUAUCGAUGUCGGUGGCUGGAGAGGUGACUGACACUUCGAUCAUGGAAGUAGGCCGUUCUAGACCUCAGUUUCAAUAUUCUCGGGAGGAACUGAUGCUGAUAAAAAAUUUGCGAUUAUCUAAACGUAGGCCUGCAUUCCUAGACAAUGCUUAUAACAACUCACGAGGUGUAUGGGAUCCCGAACGCUGGCAUUCAGAUAGAAAGCGUAGCGAUACACCCCCGAAGGAGGAAAGGACCGGACGUAGUGAUCAAAUCACUGAGAAUCAUAGUAAGCGACGUAGUAAUGGUGAUCCACGGGACCGAAUACGUAAGGAGCAAGACGGCAUCGUUUUGAGUCCUCAACGAAGAAGUUUUAACUCGGGAUGUUUUGUUAAUGUGAAUCAGCCACCAAAUCGACGUCCGGAAAGCCCGAUCGGCAAAACAGAGGUCAGUCAUCGUGAACCUGUUCGUCGAAUCGGCAGUGGCAGGAUUCUGGCGCGGGAUAUAUGGGAUUUUAGAUCGGAAAAUGAAAAGAUUGAAUCUGAACGCGCGGAUUAUGGUUUUAGAUCAGGCACGGCCGCUAGUGGUCCUCUGCGUGAUCGUGAUAACAGAGAUAAGCGUGAUGGAAAUGAGCGUGAUAGAGAUCGUGAUAUACGCGAGAGAGACCGUGACCGUGACAAUCUGCGCGAGCGGGACGAGAGAUUCGAACGGAGAUCAUUCGGCCGGGAUUACGGUGAUCGCGGCGAAAGAGAGCGUGAUCGUGGUGACAGAGGAGGAUCGGAGCGGAACAAUCAUCAGACAGAUCGCGACAAAGAUCGCGGACGCGAAAAGAGAUACAAUAACGACCGUCGACGGACUUACAGUGAUAAUCGCGAUUCGAUGGAUGAGCCCGAAUGGUUCAGCUCGGGACCUACAUCUCAGCACGAUACGAUCGAACUAAGGGGCUUUGAGGAUAUCCCGGAGGAGAAAGCGGUGAGCAGUAGCGGUAAUUCCAAGAACAAGAAACAGACUCCCGCGCAGAAAAAACGAAACAAGAAGAAUGCUAUGGAAAAGGAUGACAAGUCGAGCGAAAAUUCGGCGGGUCCUAAAGGACGUAGCACUCCGACUGUCAUGGAUCAACCCCUGAACGUUGUACCAGCGCCGCAUUCUCCGAUAUCUGAACAGACCGAGCAGUCCUCCAUCACUCAGAGUAAAGAAAAUGACAUUAGCGAGAGUACCGUGACCGAACCGACAACAUCCGAGUCAGCAGAGAAUUCCAAUGCUAAUCAGAAUCAAGAGGACUCGCAUCCUGAUUUUAAUCUGGAUGAAUUCCUGAAAUCUGAUACAUUCGCUGGCGUAUCUGGACUAUUGACAAACGGAGUUGGCUCGAGUAGUGGCACUGGUUCUCGAUUCAGCCAGUGGUUCAAGAGGGAAAGUCCAAUUCAACAGGCGGAUAGUCGUAGGGCUUCCAUACAAGACGAACUAUUGAACAAUUUAUUGAACGACAUCACCGAGCCAAACAUCCAAAUACCAUCGGUAACGGAAUCAAAUACCUAUUUUGCUCCAAUUUCUCCGGCUAACACGACAAAUAAUACCAACUCGGCUACAAAUGGUGUAAAGUUACUCGAAAUGUUACAUCGCGGUAAUAAACCGAGUCAAAAUGGCCAGGGUGACGCAUCUAAUACAACUAUCCCUAUGUUGAAAAACUGUUCUAUUAAAGAUUUGGAAAUUGGUGGAAAAGUUGUACACAGUUUGGAAGAAUUGGAAGCACGCAUGCGGGGUGGUGCUCCUCCACCUGUGACUUCGACUGAUACACCCCAUGUAAAUAAGACUGAAGAAGAUCUCUCUGCUUUUAAAAAAUUGCUUGCUCAAAUGAAUGGAGGACAAGCUGUGCCUGCAGCUAACGGACCUAUCACACAAAAACGACCUGUAACAUUAAUGCAACUACUUAAUUCACAAUUAAAAACGCAGCAGCAGCCAUCAAUACCGCAUCAGCAACCACCUACAGAACCGAUUCAUGCUACGACGUUUAAUCAUGUCGGUCCUCUUGGCCCUACUCAGCAUCCACAUCAAGCUCAAAUGCAACAUGAAAAUCUGAUGAAAGUCUUACAAAUACAACAGCAACAGCAACAGCAAAAACAACGACAUUCCGAUAUGCUGUCAAUGAUGAUGGGAAAUCAGCGAAUGCUAGGUGUCAGUCCGGUACCGUCGGAAAUGCAAAUGAUGAUAAAUAAUAUCCCGUCAAGCCAAGAACUUUUACAACGACCAGAAGCUCAAGCGAUUAUUCAAGGUCUGCAGCAAGGAGAGAUCACCAGACAACACCUAAUACAACAGUUGCAGAAUCCCGCUAUGCAGCAUCGUCAUCGAGAAGUGCUGGUGAACAUUCUGAAAAUGUACGGCGGUACUACACCUCGCACCAUAAGUCCGCAUCCUCAUCCUACUCCUGCUACUCCUCAGGAUCAUAUGUUGCAACAGAUGCUGUUUCAACAGCAACAACAGAGGAUUCCAUCUCCGAUGAAUAAUGUGAUACCGCACAGAGUGCCAUCGCCACGGGAAAUCGUUAUGCACACUCAGACUAUAAUGCAAAAUGCUUUAAUCAAGAAGAAAUUGGAGGAACAACGUGAGAAUUUCCGUAAGCGGCAGGAUCAACAACAACAACAGCAGCAGCAACAACAACAAGUACAGCAGCAGCAACUGCGCGCGUCGAGUCCUGUUAUUAACUCACCAGCUAAACAAACAGCGAGCCCACUCGCUUUCACUCCAACUUCCGUUUUACGUAAAAUGACUGCUGACAAGGAACCCGAUGGAAGCAGCAAUGACCCAUCAAAAUUGUCUACACAAACUCAAGCAUCGCAGAUGCAACAAAUGCAGUCCGCAGUUCAGCUACUCACACAUGGAACUCUCUCGAGACAUACUGCGUUGCGACCACAAUCCGUUCCAUCGACAUGGUCAAAUACAUCGCUUAAACAGCAUCCAGGUCGACCUAUAGUGAAAGGUGGCAACAGCGGGAACACGAGCAGCAAUCAGUUCCAAUACAAUACAGGAAACGUGGAGUUCCAACAACAUCAACACAGAACGGUCGCAAAUGUGUACGGCAACCCAGCUCGAUCCAAGCAUACAAUGGCCACUUCGUUGCCGCAUCACAAUGUUCCGCAAUACAAUCCAGUAGUUCAGAAUUCAAUUAUGAAUCCGAGAACAAAUCCUAUAAAUACCCAAAUGAAGGCUCAGCAAGUCCCCGCGCAUCUCGCUAACAUGCAACAGUCGCCGCAUGGAACCGCUAACAUGCAACAACAACAACCGCCGCAACGGACUGUAAAUACACCGAUGCAACUUGUCAUGAACCAAAAUUACAAUUCCAAUCGUACAGAUGGACGAGCGAUGCGUUCGCAGCAAUUAAACAUGACAGUCGGCCGUCAACCUUCACCGGGCCUCGGAUUCGUGGGUAGUAACGGAGGUGAUCUUUCACCAACGUCUAACCAACUUGCACGAUGGUUCAGCCCGGAACUUCUUGCUCAAGCUCGGGCCGGCAAGUUGCCAGAGCUCGUGCAGACGAACGUCCUGUCCUUGGAGGAGCUUGAGAGACUUCAACAUGCAUCAACCAGUUUAGUGCAUAACUAAAGUGAUAUACUAUAUCGUAUUCGGAUUAUGUUUCAAUUUUGCAAGCGCAUCGAUAACAUUACUCUGGUUAGUCAACCAGUAUUCGUGAUACAGAUCUUUACGUCCGAAACACCUUCGAUGCACGGAUGCUGAAUACAUACGCCGGUUAAAUUACAGAACAGUGCUAUAUAGAUCUUUUUCGCCUAUAUAGAUCUUUUUAUCAAAUCUUCGUAUCUACGAGGAGUUUAUCGAAUUAAUGUGUCAUGUAUUUCGGUUAGAAAUAGUCGAUUACUCGGUUGGACAGUACUUUUCUUUUGAAGGAUUCUCUUUUCUUCGUCGAAAGGAUUGCUGACAUCGUUUGUGAAACCACUUUUCCAAGUUUCGCGAAAAGUUGUUUAGAAAUUACAAAUGUACAGGAUAGUAUAAUAUUGAGAACGAAGCAGGUCGCGUUUGAAGAACGCGAAAGUGGAUAGCUUUCUAAAAUGAAAACGAUGUAUUGCUUAUAAGACUGAAAAAAUGUGAAAAUUCUUAUUGUUGAUUAUGACAAGCUGUUAGAGCUUGAUACGCGUACUUUUUAAAUGACAACAUGAUAAGAUCUAUUUGCCUAAGAUAGGACUGCAAGUUUCUUUUAUGUCUCAUUGAGGAGAUUCUGAGAAUUAUUUAGCGAUUCAAGCAAUUUAUAUAUGUUUCAGAACAUAUUUUCAUCAAUCUCUCAUUUUCUCAUUGACAAUUGUAACGAACAUGAGGAUAUAUUAUGACAGUAUUUUGCAAUGAUUCACAAGUACUAAAAGCACUGUUGCACAUCGAGAUUGUGUUCCUUAAAUAUGAGACAAAACAAAAGAAUAUUUUUUACUACUACCGUUAGCCAACAUAUAUAUAAAGAUAUAUCUACAUACUCUAUAUAUCUAGUGCAACAAAAACUUGGCAUUGUCGUCAGCAAGAAUAUGAUUUAAAUAAUCAAAAUGCUUGUAAUCUAGUGUCGUUUAUAGAAUACGUCGCUUAUUUACAAUGGGAAAAUUGCAAAAUCCCUUAGGCAAAUAAUACGCGGAUCUCUUAAAAUUGUGAGAAUUGCAGGCUACUAUCUGAUUACAAUUACUUACACAAAAUGGUGGUAACAUUUAAUAUCCUAUUUGUAUUGCUGCAAACCAUGCGACUUUAAUAACACGAAAAGCAUACGAGAUAACACAUGACGAACACAUGACGUUACAUACACAUAUAUUAUAUAAAAAUAAAUAUAAUAUAAUAUAUACUUCUCUCUCGUAGAAGAGAACGCGUGAGAGUACGAUAUCAUUAUCCUGAUCGAAAGUGGUAGAUAGACUGAAAUGUCUUUUAAUAAAAAACCUCGGGAGAUAUAUAGAAGAAUCGUUUGCAGAAUUAAUUAAAGAAAACGGAAACAUUCCACACCAGCCAAUAGAGGAUCAAUUCAAACAAGAUAUCCUUUUACGAAUUUUGAUUGAUAUCAAUACUGUGUUGCUAACGUGUGUUUGCUUUCGAUUUAAUGGCUUACAUCUUCUAUGAGAUUACAAUUUCUGUAUGAUUACAAAGAGAAUUGGGCUUAAUUUAAAAGGAUAACGUUAUCAAAAGUUUACUUUUGCUUUUAUAUUUCAAAAGGAUAGUGUCAUUACUAUUUUACUACACAUGUAUCUUAGAGUCUCAUCAUGCGCGCAUAAUUGCAUUUUUCUCCUCUAAUAGUUCAUUAAGCAUGCCAUUAUAUUUUUAAGAAUUAUAUCUCAAAAGGCAAAACAUCUUACGAAAAAAAGAAAAAAAAGACCAUUAGUACUGUAUAUCGGAAAAUAGUAUUUAUCUAUAUAUAUAUAUAUUUUUUUUUUAUUAAUUGCAUAACAUUUAUAUAAACAAGUUACAUAUAUUCUAAUUUAUGAAUAUUCGUUACAUUUGUAUUUUAUCUGCAUACGAUAAUUUUUUUUUUAUAAUCGCAUAUAAUUGUAUGUGGAACCGUAUAAGAAACGCGAAAUAAAUUUACGUAAAAUACUUAAAAACAAAGAAAGAGAGAAAUAAUAUAAAAUUAAACUUUACAAUUUGUUUUGUGUUGUUGGUAUAUAAAUUUAUAAAUUUAUUUGUGUGUAUGUGUGUGUAUUUUUUGUGCGCGCAUAAUAUAAGAAUAAUUUUGAAAAAAUGCCACAAUAAUAUCACAGGUAAUUUUUAAUUAAUUAUAUGAUAAAAACCUUUAUAUCAUAAAUAUUUCCAACAGAUUGUCUCAUACCGAUCUAUAUAUAUGCAAUAUUGAUUAUUCACGAUGAUAUUCUCGAAUUUUAUUACUGCAUCUGUACUGUAAUGCGAGAUUCGCGAAAUUCGAAAAAUGCAAGACGGCUUAUGGGACUCUAAAAACUAUCUGUACUCGUUGCGCUGGUUGAUAAUUAAGGGAAAUAUGUUGCAAACAAUACUGUAUAUCGGCGACGGAAGGAUCUCGUUUCAUAGCAUUUUCGUUCAUCGUCAGAUUUUGAGCGAUUGCAUUCUUGCACGGUGAUUUUAAUUAUAUUUGGGACUGAUUCAUCACAGUAAGCUUCAUCUCAAGUGUCCACAAGUACAAAGUGUAUUAGAACGAAGAGUAAAAAAAAAAGAAUUUAAAUCAUUCUAAGCACGAGAUAUCUUUAUAUAAGUAUCACUGGGAGAAAUCUUAUGUUUCGACGCUAUAUAUAUGUAUAGAAAAUGAAAUUUCCGCAAGUGUUAUAUUAUGCUAAUUUUGCUUCGUAAAAGGACAAUUGUGUGAAAGGAAGCGCGGGGUAUUGAAUAUAUUCAAAGUAAGGAAGUAGAUAUUUUUUAUAACAAUCAGUUUUCCUCAACAGAAAUACAAAGUAAAUCCAGAUAGCAUAUAUUGGUUUUAUAAACGUUUCCUAAAUGUACUCAUAUAUAAUGAUUUUAGAUAAGUUUAGGAAAUGUUUAUGAAAUCAACAUGUGCUACUUGGGAAUGUUGAUAAAACAAUUUUUUCGGCAAUCAAAGUUAAAAAAAUAUCUUUUGAAUUAAAAAUUUAUCUGGGAGAUAUUAUUCUCCAAAGUACUGUAUAUGUAUCUCGCAUUUCCUAGUCAGGAUCAAGCGUGAACGUUCAUCGGUUUAGCGAUAAUGAUUUCCUUUCCCGAUUUCGGAUGCUGAGACGAAAGAUGUCCUGUUUCUGAAGCAUAUUCGCAUUUAUAUUCAGCUUCAUUUUUGAGGAUGAUGAAGAUUAUAUACCAAUAUUUGGUGUGGAAAACAAGAGGAGAAAUUGUUAUGCAAGACGCACGAGGGAUUUUUCAAUCUGAAUGUUUUUAUAAGGUGAUUACAAUAGCAGUGAUUAAAUUUCUGCUUUCAUUAAAUGAAAGAAAUUUGUGAACGAGAUACUGUGUCCCAUGCAUUUGCGGACUUGGAUUGUUUCAUAAUUCGAAAAUACAUUUUUGUAAAUAAAUCGAUCUCCGAGCAAACUAAAGUAUGUUUAGUCCAUGCACUGGGUCGAUGACUUGUAAAUAAAGUUACUGAAUAUUA